CGUCCCCGCCCCCGCCCCGCCCCCGCACUAGAUAUCGCGAGAGGGCGGGCCAGCUUGGCUUCGGCGUCGGCGUCGGCGUCGCUCGCGCCUCGUAGCCGUAGGCCAGCGUCUGCUCGCGAGCCGCGGGUCAAGUGCUGGCUGCUAAGGGGAAGCGAGGAACCGCCACCCGUUCGGCGUUGGCUUUGGCGUCGGGGUCGUUGUGUCGUGACAACCGCUCCGGCAGCCGUUUCCGAGGCAGCAGGUGCGGCCGCUUUAGUCCUCAGCGGACUCCGCGGUUGCCUGCGGGUCUCUGCGAGUGCCGACCCUUCUCUUCGCGGAUCCCAAGCCAAGCAGCGACCCUGAGCCGACAGCUGAAGCGCCCGGCAAUGGCGGCCUCGACGGCCUCGCACCGGCCCAUCAAGGGGAUCCUAAAGAACAAGACCUCUACGACUUCCUCUGUGGUGGCGUCGGCCGAACAGCCCCGCGGGAGUGUAGACGAGGAGCUGAGCAAAAAAUCCCAGAAGUGGGAUGAAAUGAACAUCUUGGCGACAUAUCAUCCAGCAGACAAAGACUAUGGUUUAAUGAAAAUAGAUGAACCAAGCACUCCUUACCAUAGGUAAUGUUACAUAGGCAUCAUUUCUCUUGUGACUUAUUCCAUUUUGCAUUUAAUAUGAGCUUCUGUAUAACGGCCUAUUUGAAUUUGUUUUAUUCUAGAUUUGUUACUGGAGCACUAGUCAAUUCAAUAACCUAACUGCAAUUUUUUUAGUAAUAGUAUAAGUGAUGUGUAACUUUAAAAUUGUGUAACCCAUUUCAUACAUUAUAAUUAUAGUAGUAAAUGUUUAUUUGUUGCACUUCAGUGGUUGCUAGUUACUAAUGGUGCACAUAGACUAGUUUAACUUCCUUGAAAUGCCAAUGAGAUAGGGGCUUGUUUGCUUCCCAAAUAGAAAUCUGGGGUUUACCCAGUCUCUUUGCAGAGAAGCAUAACUGCAUGGUUGGUAACUCUUUUGUAACCCACUGAAAGAUAGGUGUUUAUGUCUUUAUUUUUUAACUUAAUGUAAUAUUGUUGUUCAGAUAUUUAUGUGUAAUUUUUGGCAAUUUCAAAUCUCAGAAUUUUCUGAAUGAAUUGUGAAAUUACAUUAUGCAGCAGUAACCAGUAUGAAGACAAAAACAACGCAGUAAGCAUUAUGAGAAGAUGAAGAUUCUAAAUUAGUAUAGAUAUCUAAUUAAGGUAAUACCUUGGGC